UCUUGGACCAUAAGAAACACUUUCUUCCUCCCCAAACGCAGAUUCUUCUCAAUUUUCCUACUCUACCAGUCCCUGGAAAAUCCCCGACGCAAAGCAUAACUCUCUGAUUCAUCUAUCUUUCUUGGAAGGCUAAUUUUUAUAGUCUUCGAGGUACCUUUGAAACUUAAUAUUUCGCUGAUUUCGGAAUUUUCUGUCUAAUUUUUAUAGUUUAUUUCUUUCACUUACUAAUUUCCUGGGUCUUAAGUUUGUCCUCAUUAAUUCUCAAUUAAUUUCUUUGAAUUUGCUGCUUUUUCAUUUUAUUAUUAUUAUUAUUUUUCCUAUUAAGUAUCUCAGAUCUUCGAUAUUGUCUUUUUGCUUAGUUUUCAAUUGUUCCAAAUAUAUAGGGUUGACUUCUAGGGUUUCUUUACCGUUGAUUAGUUUUUAGUAAUUGGGUUGUUUGUUAGGCUUGUGGGUUUUCCUCCAUUUUUUUUCAGAUUAAGAUUUUUGGGUCGAAAUUAUUUCUGGGUUUUGGCCUGUGGGGGAUUGAGUUUUCAACCAUUGAAUUCAGGUUUUUCUGGGGUCAGAUUUUUUUUUUUUAUGGCAUUUGAAUGCCAAAAGGGCGCGGGGGUUUCUAAGAAGCUAGUGGAUUGUGUAGAGAAUUCUUGUGAAGAACAAGUUGAAUUUAGUCAGUUCAAUUCCGAACAGAAAACCCAAACAACUGCAAUUUUAGAUCUCACAUCCAAGAAAGGCAGUGUAACCUCUGCCAAUUCGAAACACUUGUUGGCUAAUGAUGUUUUGCCCAAUUUGCGUCUAACAAUUACCGACCUUCCUCCGGCACUGCUAUCUGAAAUCUUUAACAGCCUUGAUCCGAAAGAGCUUGGUAUAGUCUCAUGUGUCUCGGCAAGUCUCCAUAGGGUUGCGUCUGAUCACCAUGUCUGGAAAAAAUUCUAUUGUGAGAGGUGGGGACUUCCAACAGUUCUAACACCUCUGGGUUCGGGGUAUUCAGAUGAGAAGUCAUGGAAGGAUUUGUUUGUGGAGAGGGAGUUUAGGAGUAGGACUUUUAUGGGGCGUUAUAGCAUGGAUGUUCUGUAUGGUCACACUGAGGCAGUUCGCACUGUUUUCCUUCUGGCCUCUGCAAAGCUCAUAUUCACUUCGGGGUAUGACUCGGUUGUCCGAAUGUGGAACAUGGAAGAAGGUUUGUCGAUUGCGUCUUCGCCACCGCUUGGUUGCACUGUCCGUGCAGUUGCAGCGGAUACAAAAUUAUUGGUUGCUGGUGGUACCGAUGGAUUUAUCCACGGUUGGAGGGCAGUGGAGGGGCUUCAAUACUUGUUUGACCUUAGGGGUUCUCGGAGCAAGAACACAGAGUUCCGACUAUGGGAGCAUGAGGGACCGAUAACUUCUCUUGCUUUGGAUCUUACAAGGAUAUAUAGUGGUUCAUGGGACAUGACUGUUCGCGUAUGGGAUCGUUUUUCAUUGAAGUGCUUAAAGGUUUUGAGGCAUAGUGAUUGGGUAUGGGGACUUGUUCCUCAUGAUACAACAGUUGCUAGCACAUCGGGUUCAGAUGUAUAUGUUUGGGAUUCUGGCAGUGGGACUUUGAUGACCAUUAUUCAUAAUGCUCAUGUUGGUAAUACUUACUCUCUGGCGCGAAGCCACACUGGGAAUUUUCUUUUCACUGGUGGAGAAGAUGGUGUAAUACACAUGUUUGAGAUUUCAAGUCAUUGCGCUGAGACUAAUUUUUUUCAGGUUGCUACAUGGAUUCCCCAUACGGGUCCUGUGCAUUCCCUUGCAUUUGAGUUUCCAUGGCUUGUUUCAGCUUCUAGUGAUGGAAAGCUGUCACUAAUUGAUGUAAGAAAGCUGCUAAGGACUAACAGAAGUGCUUCAGGCACACGUGUUUCCAGGGCAAAGCAUGCAGACCGGAAUAGUGUGGAGCCGCCACAGAGGAUGUUACAUGGGCAUGGGAGCAAUCUGUUCUCAGUUGACAUUGGUGCUGAUCGUAUAGUAUGUGGAGGGGAAGAAGGUACUGUUAGGAUCUGGAACUUCUCGCAAGCAUUGGAAAUUGAGCAGAGGAUUCAAGCUCUAAAAGGAAUACGGUUGGAGAACAGGAUGAGGCGGCGCAGGAACCAAUUAGAGAGGAACAGUAAAGGUGGUUGGACUGAUCAAUGUUCAGUUGCAGCCAAGAAGAACCCAAUUAAUGGUGACAGAAGUGUUGCUUGGCACAGUAAGCAUAGGAUGAGCAGCAAGCUGAAGGCAUAGCCAGCACUGAUAACAAGCAUUGUUUGCUUCUAGGCACCACUGCCCUUUUACUCUUUGGGUAUCUAAUAUCGAUGUAGUUUACAAUUUAUGGUCUCAUUAUAGUUUUAUCGCUACAUAUUUGGAUUGUAACCGCAGUGUUCAUUUAGUAGCAGGUCUUGGAUGCCAUUGUUCUAUUAUGUUGGUUGCUUUGCUUUACUUAAAUCAUAGUUUCCAUUCUUCUGUGUGUGA